AUGGCUGCACGAUCCCUCCUGGGUGUACUCACUUCUGUGACCCCGGCGCCUGAAUUGGGACGUGACAUUUAUACCAACCAAGGACCUUUGAUUCAGCAACCUGUCGGAGAAGCCGCCUUUGGUGGCUCCAUUCUCAGUCAAGCCAUCUCUGCAGCCGCGGCAACGGUCCAACCACUUCUACAUGUUGUUUCGUCGCAGUCAUCCUUCCUCCGCCCUGUCCAAGCCAGCAGCCAUGUCCACUACCAUGUUGAGCGCACCUCUGAUGGCCGUACAUCUGCCACGCGUGUCGUGCGAGCAACCCAAGGCGGCGGCGGCCCUUGCCUUUACGUGGCCAUUAUCUCUUUCCAAACGCACGGCUUGGUGACGCCGGCCAACAAUGAGCAUAACGCUCUAAAGUAUGCUGAGCCCCUGCCGGACCUCGGUGGGCUCCACCCCCACAGUAUUCCAAAACAGGACUUUCCGCAGCUCUUUCAGUUGAGCGACGAAAGUCUUCAAGUCCUGUCGAAAUUUGGCGUGAGCGCUGAUGAUCCCUUUGACUGGCGACUUCUCCCGUUGGAAAAGUCGGUAUGCAAAUCCAACUCUGCACAGAUCCACACUUAUGCCUUUGUUCGUGCUGAGCCGCGGUCGACGCAUUCUGGAAUCUCUCACUUGGCCGCCAUGGCCUUCUUGUCAGACAUUUCGCUCUUGGAACUCUCACUGAUGGCCAAUUGGGAAUCGGUGCACGAGGACGCUCGAGCGUUGGCCAUGAGUACUACAUUAAACAGCCAGAUUACCUUGCAUUCCCCCACGGCGAGAAUUGACGAAUGGAUGGUGUGUGAGAGCGGCAUAUCGUGGGUCAAAGGUGGUCGAGUGACAAAUUACCAACGUUUCUGGAAUGCUGCUAAUGGUGAGAUUCUGAUGGAAUGUACUCAGGACGCCAUUAUCAAGCAUGGGCGGGCCCAAAUAUAG